AUGAAGUUCUUUGAAAAAUACUUCCCUCGAUCAUGUAAGAAUGAGAAGGUAACUCAGUUCUUAAAGUUGGAACAGGGCAGUCUGAUCGUCGCCCAAUAUGAGGCCCGGUUCGAUGAACUUUCUCGAUAUGUGCCGAAAGCCCUAGAAGAUGCUGAGUACAAACUACAAAAAUUCAAGGAGGAGCUCAGGCAGGGAAUCCAGUCGCGACUGUGUGCUUGCGACUUCGAAUACUUGGCCGAGCUGGUGGAUAAGGCUACGAGAGUCGAAAAGGAUUUUGAACGCGCCCUAAGGACCCGUUCCUCAGCUAGGGAAGCCCUAGUCAGGCCCAGACAGGCACCUCCGGCCCCAUCUGCAUCGGAAAGGAGGGCUAGGGUCAUGCCUGCAGGUGCACCCCCCAUGCCUCCCAUAAAAGGCUACGAGUACUGCCACAUGACCGGGCACUUUGCACGAAGUUGUUUCAAAAAGAUGAGAGAUGAAGGCAUCGCUCCACCAGCAGGUCACCCUCAGACAGGAUUGGUAGCUGCUAAGCCAGCACCAAGGCUACAGAUGCAGAGAUCAGGACCUCCAGUCCACCAGAGGCCCCCUGCUCGCGUAUUCGCUGUAGCCGCGACAGACACCGAGGAAGACCUCCAUCAGACCAUUCACGGUACCGCUCACAUCCAUGGUACCCCUAUCUUUCUCUUAUUUGAUUCUGGUGUAACCUUAUCUUUCAUGGACUAUAUUAUUACAAAUAGACUAGGGCUAAACAUAACUCGCAUUCAUGCUCCCUUAGUCGUAGCAUCCCCCAUAGGUAAAUUCAUCGAAACAGACAAGAUAUGUAAAGAUUAUCCCCUAACUCUCGCACACCAUGAAGUGGCUGUGGACCUAAUCCUCAUGCCUAUGAAACAAUUCGACAUCAUCCUCGGGAUGGAUUGA